CGUGAAACUUAGACGCGUUAAAGAAGAGGAAAAAAAAAAGAGGCUCUCUCUCUCUGCCUCUGCAUUUCUUCUUCUCUCUCAAUCGGCUUGGCUAGACUCUUCCAGCUCACUUUCUCCGGCCGACCCGCCGGUAAUCUGGGCCGUCUGAAUUAGAAGAUUCUCGAAUCACCCAGCCAGCCAAACAUAUUUUUUUUAGGAAAUCCGCCAUUAAAACUCCGUUAGUGGGGACGGACGCAAUUCAGUUGGUUUUGGGAUCAAAGGAGAGAGAAAGAGAGAGAAGGAAAGUGAGACAGAGAGAGAGAAAGAGAGAGAGAUAUGGGAGUGGAUUACUACAAGGUGCUGAAGGUGGCGAAGAGUGCGACGGAGGAUGACCUGAAGAAGUCGUACCGGCGGCUGGCGAUGAGAUGGCAUCCGGACAAGAAUCUGGUGAACAAGAAGGAGGCGGAGGCGAAAUUCAAGCAGGUCUCCGAGGCGUACGACGUGCUGAGCGAUCCCCAGAAGCGGCAGAUCUAUGAUCUCUACGGGGAGGAAGGUCUGAAGACGUUCGAUUUCCCUCCGCCCGACGACGUCCCAUCCGGGGAUUCGAAAUUCAGGUUCAAUCCCCGCGAUGCGGAGGACAUAUUCGCGGAAUUCUUCGGUGGAUCUGGCGGCGCAGGCGGCGGCGGGGUUGGUGGAGGCGGCGGCGGGGGGAGUGGGAGGAGUCAUCAUCAUCAUAAUCAUAAUAAUCGGAGGAAUGGGGAGACCCCAGGGAAUCAUCAUCACCAUCAUCAGGGGAAUAAGAAAGCUCCGGCGAUUGAGAGCAAGUUGGCUUGUAGCUUGGAGGAUCUUUACAAAGGGGCAAGACGAAAAAUGAAGAUUUCCCGCAACGUUCCUGAUGAAUUCGGCAAGCCAAAGGCUGUGGAGGAGAUCCUAAAGAUAGAUAUCAAACCCGGGUGGAAGAAAGGAACAAAGAUCACAUUCCCUGAGAAAGGUAAUCAGGAGCCUGGUGUUGGUGCAGCUGAUCUAAUAUUCGUGGUGGAUGAGAAGCCACAUGCUCUGUUCAAGCGGGAUGGGAACGAUCUUGUGGUUCAUCAAAAGAUAACCCUGCUAGAAGCUCUCACUGGAAAGACUGUUGUGUUGACAACCUUGGAUGGGAGAUUCCUCACGGUUCCGGUGAAUGAGGUCAUCAAACCGGGCCAUGAAGUUGUGAUUGAGAAUGAAGGAAUGCCCAUCUCUAAAGAGCCUAACAAUAAAGGGAACCUAAGAAUCAAGUUCGAUGUCAAGUUCCCAGCAAGAUUGACAGCAGAACAGAAGUCCGAUCUAAAACGGGUACUGGGUGGUGGUCCGUGAUGCAAGUGCCAACCUUUUCCAUUGACACUGAUCUUGCAACGUAAGUUCGUUUGGUCGGAUGUAAAUACUAUCGUGUUUUCUAAUGCUUGUUAGAAGGAAGAAGGUUGUGCAUAGUAGGAAGGAAAAUGUUGUAAGGUGUUAUAUUUUCCAGCGUAAUGUGGCCUCCUCUUGUUCUAGGGUAAUUCUCUUGGCUGCCACAGGGUUUGCUUUUGUGCUUUCUAAUUUUAAUUUUGUAUACUCAAGAGUCCUAAUCUUAGCCUCUCUUCCCCUGCAAAUGAAGGGGAAGAAGAACCUCUUUUGAUCUGUUUUUCCACAUCUGGAUAUUUCAUCUGAAUAUGUUUUACAUACUGGAGUGUGGAAAUUGUAUAACUAUCAGAUAUAUCUGAGCUGAAUAAUUUUGAACAGGGAGAGGCUGUACAAAUUGGCCUAAGAUUUGUCUGCUGACUUCGUGACUGAGACAUCGACGUACCAGGGUUAUUUUGGACAGGAGGAAUUGAUAUGACUACUAAGAUAUUGCUCUACUUUGGCCUCAGGAUAAGAUUGCCAUUUGCCAUGAUUGGCCUAAGUUUUAUUCUUCUGAUGCUCCUUUUGCCUGUGCGAUAUGCCUCUAAACAUGUUCAAAGGCUCUUCAGUCAGUUCGUCAGAAUGCUUGGACCUUUUUACAGCCUAUGCUUUUCAAUCUUGUUCCGGAGUUCGGUCUUUUUGACUCCUGCCACCUUCUCGACCUCUUUCCCAGUCUUGAUCAGCGCAAAUGCAGGCAUUAUCUGGACAUCAUAUUGGCGAGCCACCAACUGCAGUAUAUUGCAGAAUUUAGACUCAGUCGGUCUCCAGAAGCCGAAAAGAUGAGAAGAAGAAAUUCGACAAGAAAAUUAGAGACUGUAUACCGGCAACUUGUCAAUGUCGAUCUUGAUGAACAUGACUUCUGUGUAUUUAGCAGCAAAUUCCUCCAUGGCAGGCUCCAUGAGUCGACAAGGUCCACACCAUGUUGCAGUGAACUGAAUGACCAACUACAGCAGCAGCAGCAGCAAAUAACAUAAAAGAGGAAAAACAACCAGUUAGAUGAAUAGCAAAGCAAACAACUCAUGAAAUCUGUUUGAGAAAGAUCAAGUGUCCUUACCAACUUGUUAUUCUCCCUGGAAUCAUCAAUGAAGACUUUCCACUGGCUUGCAGAAUGAACCUCCACCACCCCAGGUGGCUUCUUGAAGCUCUCCCUGGAGGUCUCAGCAAGCUUCCAUGGGUUUGCAGUUGCAGGUGGUGGUUCCACGAACCCAGAUGGAGCGGGUCUCUUGUACGAAUAAUAUCCACCAGGGUUGGGGAACUUGAAGUCGAAGGAGCUUCCUAGGGUCGACCUUCUUCUCUGGAAAAGAGGGAAAUUGUAACUCAUAGCUGUUACUUUGUAUGAUUGGUCUAUUUGGGCUGUAUCGGGAAGAAGAACACUCUGGCUUGGAGAUGUAACUUCGUGGGAAGGAUCCUUAUAUAGAGAGAUCUGGAGUGGCCGCAAAAGAAAGAAAUCUGCAGCAAAGUUGUCAUUGGCAAGCUGGGGAAUAUGAUUCUUACUACAGAGAGGCUGCAAUGCUUUGGACCGCAGAAACCAAAAUGGCAAAGGAUUAGAUGCAGGUUAACGAAAUAAUUUAUAAUUUGUAGUGCAAAUGUAUUGUGAAGCAUUAUUACUAUUAUUAAUUAUUGGCUUAUAAUAACAUAAUAAUUAUAUCUUCCAUCAAAGUGGAAACCAUUGAAAUGGUGAAAAAGAAAAAGGAUAGAAAGAACAGAUCCAAUGCCAGCCACAAAUCUUUGUGCAAGCAUUAGAGUUUGGUUGACGACUUGCUUUGGUUGUAAGAAGAUUGAAAUAGAAGGUUUAGG